GUCUCAUCGCAGUCGUUUUCUUUCGUCGUUUUCUUUGCAGUCGUUGAUGACGCCGCUAAGACAAUAUUUGUCUGUUCCGAUGUUAACUGCGAAGAAGAAAGUGGCAUGCUCGUGAACCAAACAAGCCAGCAAGUGAACCCAUGCGACAACUUCUACCGGCACGUCUGUUCCAAGUGGAUCGACGAGAACUAUUUGACGCGGUACGAAACCGAAAGGUCACGGAUGAGACUUAUCAACAACGGCUACAUUAGCCAGAUCCACGACAUCUUCAAGAGUAUGACAAUUGACAGCGCCCUGCAGACUGCGAAGGAAAAAGCUGCCGCUCUUUUCAUCGGCUGUAUGGACAGAGAUACCAUCGAGGAGUUGGGAGCAGAUCCACUUCGGAAGUUCCUGUUCAACUUCGGCUUCAAGACAUUCCCUACUAACCUGCACGAGCGAAAGACUUUGGAUGUUAGUCAGGUCGCCGGGUUGGUGUUGCGAAAAUUGGGCAUCAGCACUUUCGUGUCGGCGUCGGUGGUGGCAGAUCCCGAGCUUAAAGAAGACAGGAUUCUUUCGGUAAUGGGUCAUUUAGUAUGUGGUUAG